GCUAUGACUUCCCGGCCGUGCUGCAGUGGUUCGCCGAGCGCGUGGACCUCAUCAUCCUCCUCUUCGACGCCCACAAGCUGGAGAUCUCGGACGAGUUCUCCGAGGCCAUCCGAGCCCUCAAAGGCAACGAGGACAAGAUCCGGGUGGUCCUGAACAAGGCCGACAUGGUGGAGACGCAGCAGCUGAUGCGCGUCUACGGGGCGCUGAUGUGGUCCCUGGGGAAGGUGUUCAACACCCCCGAGGUGCUGCGCGUCUUCAUCGGGUCCUUCUGGGCCGAACCGCUCCUCAUCACCGACAACCGGCAGCUCUUCGAGUUGGAGGAGCAGGACUUGUUCCAGGACAUCCAGAACCUGCCCCGAAACGCCGCCCUGAGGAAGCUCAAUGACCUCGUCAAGCGGGCGCGGCUCGUCAGGGUGAGUGUGGCCGAGCGGGUGCGGGACCCCAGGAUCCUUGGGGUUCUCCAUGGCUCCGACGGGGCCAAGGGGACCCCAGGAUCCCUCGGGGUUCUCCACGGGUCUGACGGGGCCAAGGGGACCCCAGGACUCCUCGGGGUUCUCCACGG